AUGACGUACGCGGCCGCCGGCCAAGUCCUCUGCUACCUCGUCAUCACCAUCACGAUCUCGCAGAACGAGAACGCAUCCCUCCCCGGCCCGACACGCCUCGCGUGGGCGAAGGCAAGCAUCGGCUUCUUCUUCCUGUACUACGUGUUCUUCGGCAUCGGGUGGCAGGGCUUCUACAUCAUCUGGACCGUCUUCAACGCCGCCUUUGUGCUCAUCGUGUACUUCCUGUAUCCCGAGACCGCGGACCGCUCUCUGGAAGACUUGGACCGCUUUUUUGCCGGCAACGCGCCCCUCUUCGUCUGGCAGGAUAAAGACGCCAUCGCGAAUAAGCGGCCGCAAGCGUUUGUGGAGCGUGAGGAGGAGGUCAGGAGGGCGAGUAGUAUACGCCCUGCUGAUGUAGCGGUGGCGAAUGCGCAUCGGGAGAGUGUGUUGAGGAAAGAAAAGAGCGAGGAUGAGAGGAGGGAGGCGGUGUAAGGAGGAGGCGGGGAGUUUUCAGAGGAAGAGGGCAAUUAGUGGUAGAAGUGAAUUGAAAAGUUGUUCGAAUAGG